UUCAACAUGAGACAUUGUGUAGCGUUUCUAGUGUUACUGAUUUUCAUCGAUGUUUCCUCCAGUGAUCCACCCACCGUAGAGUGUCCUGUUCUCACUACGAUGGUCAAUCCGCAUAAUCAUAAGUAUCGCGGAUAUCCACCUUACCCGUGCGUGAAAUGUUCCUAUGGUUUUAGCUCAGUGAGGCUCUGCGAACAAGGCUCUAAGUGCGAGAAGUUCAAGGAUUUUUAUGCUGAAGAAGAGUACUUCUGCGUCCAAGUUGAUCAAGAGAAACACACAUGGACUGACAUGGUCCCCUUAAAUCAAAACUUCCCGUACAAACUCCCGACUACAGGGCCUAACCCCAAGAUAGAGAAACCAGUACUCACCCAACUCUCCUGGGCACCUUGCCCCGGGCAACUGACCCCUUUCCCUACCUCAGGUGGCCUAUUUAUUGAUCUGACAGCUACUGAGUGCAAAGCCCUCAGUGUUUACAAAACACCUCCAGCACGCUUCACAGCAAGCAAGGCCUGA